UUACUCUUUUUUCAUUAUAGAAGUUGAAGAAGGCAAGUACAAAAGGAAAAUAAUAGAAACUUUUGCUGCCACUUACCAAUCAACUAUUGAGAAUCUCACUAAACAUAAAGACAAUUAAAGCCUAAAACAACAAUGAGAGAUGAGAAGAAGAAUUAGGCCAAAACUCCCACAAAACUUUACGACUUAUAACCAAAUCUAUGCUUUUUCAAAUAAUGCAGGUCCCCCAAAUUGGUCUUCCCUUAUACAGACUCACAUCUCUCAAGGAUCACCUAAACAAGCUCUUCUAAUCUACAACCAAAUUCGUACUCAAGGAAUUUACAUUUUGGGAUUAGUCCCUCAGAUUCUCAAGGCUUGUUCUUCUCUUUGCUUCCUCAACUAUGGGAAGGCAGUGCAUGGUGAGUCUAUAAAAUCUGGGGUUUACUCUGAUUUGUUGAUUGGAACCUCAAUGGUUGAUACGUAUGCUAAAUGUAGAAAAAUCAUUGAUGCGCAGAAAGUGUUUGAUGAAAUGCCUGAGAGAAAUGUUGUUACUUGGAAUGCAAUGAUUGGUGGGUACUUGAAAAAUGGGGAUAUUGGGUCUGCAUCUCUGUUGUUCGAUAAAAUGUCUGAACGAAAUUCUGUGACUUGGAUUGAGAUGAUUGAUGGGUUUGCAAAGUGUGGUGAUAUUGUUAGUGCCAGGCAAUUUUUUGAUUGUGUUCCAAUGGAGUUGAAAAAUUUAGUUACCUGGACUGUUAUGGUUGAUGGUUAUAGUAGUAAUGGAGAUAUGGAGGCUGCAAAAGAGGUUUUUGAGCUAAUGCCAAAGAGGAAUUUCUUUGCUUGGUCAUCGAUGAUCUCGGGUUAUUGCAAGAAGGGUGAUGUUAAGAAUGCUGAGGCCAUUUUUGAGAGAAUUCCAGUGAGAAACUUGGUGAAUUGGAAUUCAAUGAUUUCUGGGUAUGUUCAAAAUGGAUUAUCUAGGGAAGCUUUAAAGGCAUUUGUUAAAAUGAAAGCUGAAGGCUUUAAACCAGAUGAGGUUACUAUAGUAAGUGUUUUAUCAGCCUGUGCUCAGUUAGGAUUGAUGGAUUUUGGGAGAGAAAUACACCAUAUGAUAGUUAAUAAGCAUGUAAACUGUAAUUUGUUUGUCAUUAGUGCCUUAGUUGACAUGUAUGCAAAAUGUGGUGAUUUGAACAAUGCUAGACUAAUCUUUGAAGGAAUGAUGCAGAGAAAUACAGCAUGUUGGAAUGCAAUGAUCUCGGGAUUCGCUGUUCAUGGACAGUGUAAGGAAGCUCUUGAAUUAUUUGCCAGAAUGGAAAGAUCAAAUGAAAAGCCUGAUACCAUAACCUUCCUUUCUGUUCUCUCUGCUUGUGGACAUGGAGGUUUUGUUGAUGAAGGAAUAGAAAUUUUGUCGAAAAUGGAGAAAUACGGAGUGGCAACAAAUAUCAAGCACUAUGGAUGCUUGGUUGACCUUUUGGGAAGGGCAGGAAGGUUAAAGGAGGCAUACGAUUUGAUCAAGACGAUGCCUAUGGAACCCAAUGACACGGUUUGGGGAGCAAUACUUGGAGCUUGUCGGACUCAUUUAGAUAUGGAGAUGGCCGAAGAGGUAGUGAAAGAGAUUAACACUCUAAGCUCGAGUACAGGUUCGAGCCAAAAUCCACAUUAUGUGGUUCUGUCAAAUAUUUAUGCUGCUUCUGAGAGGUGGGAGAAGGCUGAAAGGUUGAGGGUGAUGAUGGUAAAUGAGGGGCUCGAAAAGACGCCCGGUCGGAGUUCAUUUAUGCCCAGCGGCUCAUAAGUCAUAGCAUGAGUAUUGUUCAUGUUCUUUGUUAUGCUCCAGCUUUGUAGAUUUUGGACUAAAGAAUAGUAUCAAAUUGUAUAUACAACAUAAAAUUUUAUUGGGGCUUAACUGAUAAUAGUGAGAGUCUUUGAUGCAUCA